AUGAGAAAAAGACAAAUCUGGKUUGAAUCUCGACUCAYGAAUAAGCAACGACMCGUUGAUGAAAAUUURCUUAUUUCUCAGGAGARAGGUGACUAUGAUGAAUACCCACCAACACUGCUAAGGUAUAGUGUGAGUAACAAGGGAGUACAACUCAGAGAAGUCGAAAAGGGAAAACUCCACGUGAGAACAUUGGUCUCAGAUGACGUAUUCCUUUUGGACACUGGAAAUGAGCUUUUUAUUUGGGUUGGCUCCAAAGCAAGYAUUGAUGAAAAGAGGACAUCACUUGAGAAAGGUCAUAACUAUUUAAAGCAAACCAGCCAUCCCAUGGCAGCCAUUUCCAUUUUCUGUGAGGGAGAUGAGCCUCAAGAUUUUAAGGACGCAUUUGUUGACUUUGGCAGCAAGUGAAACAGGUCAUACCGCUAACAACACCAAGUAUCUCAACAUAAAGAUAAAUUGCGAUAUAGGUAGAAACAAUAAAUAAUAAUAGCAGUAAUAAUACUUAUGAAUAAUUAUAAAUAUAUUUUAAAAUAAGAGAGCGAUUCUAAAGAAAAAGGACAAAUGAGCCAUCUACGGUAUGAUUAUACACCCUUUUAAUAAGUCCCGAGGUAUUGUGUUUUCCGCACUUGACGUCAAAUUUAUUCUUUUGAAAUUUUUACAAUACAAAAGGAAUUCAAAAGAAUAAAUUUGMCGUCAAGUGCGGAGAACGUAAUACCUCGAGACUUAUURAAAGGGUGUAUACUUUAUGCAAYGUAUUUCUYGCACAAAGUAGUAAUGUUAACAAUGGAUUGCGCAAUUUCCAUUCAAGAAUGAAAAUUACUCCUAUUCGAACAAAAACCACAAAUUAGCACAUUUAACUGAACAAAAUAAAACUCUUUUAGAUGCAAAAUGCACUAUUCUAUAAAAAAAUA